AUGAAGCUGAACUUUGGCGCCUGGGGCCUGAAGCUGCUGGAGGCACGCAUCCCGUCGUACGUGGUCCGCAACCAGAGCGUGACGCACCAGUGCCUGUUCGACCUGGAGGGCGAGGCGCUCUACUCGGUCAAGUGGUACAAGGACGGGCGCGAGUUCUACCGAUACGUGCCCCGGGACGCGCCGCCGGCCCAGCUAUUCCCGCUCGCGGGGGUCACCGUAGACAUGGAGAGCUCCAACGCCAGCCAGGUGGUGUACAAGACGGUGGGUCUGGGCAGCUCAGGCCGCUACCGCUGCGAGGUGUCCGGGGAGGCGCCGUCCUUCCAGACCGUCACGGACCACGGGGACAUGGUCGUAGUGGCUCUGCCGGAGGAUGGCCCAGUGAUCACGGGCGCGCGGGCCCGCUACCACGUGGGCGACACGGUGCACCUUAACUGCACUUCCGGCCGUUCCAGGCCUCCGGCGGAGCUCACGUGGUUCGUCAACGGCGAACAGGCGAAUUCCAGCGUGCUGGUGGGCCCCGAGGUGGUCGGCCCGGCUGACGCGGAAGGCCUGGUGUCGGCACGGCUGGGGCUCCAUUUCCGGUCGCAGGCGGCGCACUUCCGGCACGGCGGCUCGAUGAAGCUCAAGUGCCUGGCGACGGUGGCCACCGUCUACUGGCGCAGCAACGAGGAGAGCGUGCGCGGAGACAAGCAGCAAAGGGCGCGCGUCAUGGAGAGCCGGGGCGCAGCCGCCGCCGCCCGCGGGUGUCAGCCAGCCAGCCAGCCAGCCAGCCAGCCAGCCAGCCAGCCAGCCAGCCCGCCCGUCGACGUGCAGUGGUCACCGCCAGCAGAGAACAUCCAGUAG